AGCGGGCCGGGGCGCGCAGUCGGGAAGCAGGAUGCUCGGCGCGCUGCCUCGCGGGCCCUGAGGCUUCUCGCCCGCCGGCCCCCUCGCCGCCCAGCUCGCCAGGGCACCGGCCGUCGCUCCGCCAGUCCCGAGAGGUUCUAAUUUCAGGUGUUUUCAGGGGAAAAACGUUCACAAUUUUGAUGUGAGAAAGGACAUGAGGAGACCAAAGCCCUGGGAUUCUGCCGAUCAGAAUGAAACCAAGGCUGAAAGACUUCUCGAAUCUGUUGUUGGUGGUGCUGUGUGACUACGUUCUUGGGGAAGCCGAGUACCUGCUCUUGGGAGAGCCGGGACAUGUGGCGCUGAGCAACACCAGCGUGUCCCUGGGUUUCCAGUGCCCUGACGGCGCUGACGGGACCCUGAGGAACGUGUCCGUGCUGGUGCUGGAGGCCAGCACCAACCAGACUGUGACCACCAAACACCUCCUGACCAACCAGUCCCAGGGGACGCUCGAGUUCGAAUGCUUCUACUUCAAGGAGGCCGGUGACUACUGGUUCACCAUGACCCAGGGAGCGGCGGGGAGCAGUGUGCCAGCUCCCGGCUGGGAGAAAGGGGCCUUCCUGAAGGUGGAGUGGCCCGUCUUUCACGUGGAUCUGAAUAGGACUGCCAAGGCAGCUGAAGGCACCUUCCAGGUGGGCCUCUUCACCGAUCAGCCGCUCUGCCUGUUCCCAGGGGACAAGCCUGACCUCUUGGUGGAUGUCAUCUUCACCAACAGUCUUCCCGAGGCUAGAAUGAGUCAGGGGCAGCCCCUGGAGAUAAGAGCCAGCAAGAAGGCAGAACUCACCCAAGGUCAGUGGGUUGAGUUCGGCUGCGCCCCUGUGGGGCCAGAAGCCUAUGUCACUGUGGUGCUGAAGUUGCUUGGCCGGGACUCAGUCAUCACCUCCAUUGGACCCAUUGACCUGGCCCAGAAAUUCGGAUACAAAUUGGCGAUGGUGCCGGAACUCACUUGUGCGUCUGGGGUGGAGGUGACGGUGCUGCCCCCACCCUGCAUCUAUGUCCAGGGAGUGAUUUCAGUCUUCAAGGAGGCCCCCAGACGUCCAGGGGAAGGGACCGCGCGGCUGGCCGAAAACAGCCUGAGCCUGGGACAGAGGAAGACGGUGUUCAACUGCACGUUGUUCGACAAGGGGAGGAACAAAUACUGCUUCGAUUUUGGCGUUUCGGGCAGAAGCCCAUUUUCCACAAAGGAGAAGGAGUGUGUGCUGAUUCAGAGAAACAUAGAAACCUGGGGCCUGUGGCAGCCGUGGAGCCGGUGCAGUGCCACCUGCGGGGACGGGGUCCGAGAGCGUCGCCGCCUGUGCCUGACGUCCUUCCCUGCCCAGCCCGGCUGCCCCGGAAUGUCCUCGGAGACCUCCCGGUGCUCCCUGGAGGAGUGUGCGGCGCUCCACGCCUCCAGUCCGCCGCCUCUGCAGCCCCAGGGCCCCGAGAAGUCCAACAACAUUGUGACGGUCACCGGGAUAUCGCUGUGCCUGUUCAUCAUCGUGGCCACCGUGCUCAUCACGCUGUGGAGGAAGUUCGGGCGCCCCCCGAAGUGCAGCACCCCCGCCCGGCUCAGCUCCGCGCACUCGCCCGGCUUUCGGAAGAACUCGGACGAGGAGACCAUCUGCGAGCUGGGCGAGCUGGGCGAGCCGCGCGGCAGCUUCUCGGACGCGGGGGACGGGCCGGCGGGGGACCCGGGCAUCCCCCUGACCUACAGGCCGGGCGCGCCGGCCGCGCCCGACGACGAGGCCUCGGGCAGCGAGAGCUUCCAGUCCAGCGCGCAGAAGAUCAUCCCGCCCCUGUUCAGCUACCGGCUGGCCCAGCAGCAGCUGAAGGAGAUGAAGCAGAAGGGCCUGACCGAGACCACCAAGGUCUACCACGUGUCCCAGAGCCCCCUGACCGACACGGCCGUGCAGGCGGCCGCCACCCCGCCCACCGACCUGCCCUUGGACCCGGAGAGCCCAGAAGAGGCCGCCGCGCCCAAGUUCCGGCUCAAGUCCCCGUUCGUGGACCCGACGGCGGCCGGGCCCGCGGACAGGCCGGCCUCCCGGCUGCAGGGCCCCGGCGCGCAGGCCGCCUGCGCCAUCAGCCCCAGCCAGACCGUGAUCCGCAAGGCCCAGGCGAGGCCCGGGGGCGGCCGGACGGGCGCGGGGGACCGGGGCCAGUCCCGGAGCUUGCAUUUCCGGAGGACCGCCAGUUUCCACGAGGCCAAGCAGGCGCGGCCGUUCCGGGAGCGGAGCCUGAGCUCCCUGCCCCCGCGGCAGGCGCCGGCCCGCGCGGCGCGGACGCGGCCCUGGGAGCCGGCGGAGGACCGCGCGCGGCCCCCGAGUCGCGGCGCCGGCGCGGGUCCUGGGCCGCUGGACCGCGCCCCAGGGGCAGGCGGGCCGGGCGGCCCAGUGAGCCCUCUCCCUAAACCCUACACCUUGUUGCAGCCGGUGAGGAAGCCGGAGCCCGGCGUCCGCCAGGCCGGAUCUGCGGCCGGAGGCGACCGAGCAGAGCCUCCCAGGGCUCGGAGGGGACCGUCCCCCAGUCACAGGAGCGCCUCGAGGAAGCAGCCUUCGCCCACCGCCCCCAAAGAGAGCUGCCCCAGGGUCGGGCCCCUGAGCCCUUCGCAAGGUAGAAAAGACCGGUGUCAGAGCUUCCCGGCGCACCCCGAGUUCGCCUUCUAUGAUAACACCUCGUUCGGCCUCACCGAGGCCGAGCAGAGACUGCUGGACCUCCCGGGGUAUUUUGGGUCAAACGAGGAGGAUGAGACCACCAGCACGCUCAGUGUGGAGAAGCUGGUCAUCUAGGCCCAGAUCGGCCCAACGCCUGGUGGCGCUCGGGCGCCGUGCCAGCUGCGCGCAGGGCUCUGUGGGCCGAGCCGUGUCGCCGUUGGGGCAGCAGGACAGACGGUGGGCAGCGCAGCGAGUGACCCCUGCGUGCGCACGCUUCUUAAUUCAUAAGGAAGAGGUUAUUUAUCCUGACAUUCCCCUUUGUCGUCGUAUUUCCAUUGAUUUCUAAUGAAUAACUACGAUAAUAAAAUUUAAACGGGAAUGAAA